CUCCUUUCUUCGCCAGAAUCACCAUGAAUGUGCGGCUGCUGUCAUGCUUGCUGUCAGCGUGCUGGGCGCUGGCCGUCUGCCAGCCCCUCCCAGGGGUUUGGCGGCCCAUCGAGGGAGGGAUAGACCAAGCCAUGAGGUGGAUCGCAGCUGCCUUGAGGCUGACUGAGAACGACAGGACCGACAGACCAGGUGAGCCUGGCGAAGUAGCAGGGGAGCAAUGGUGUGUGCUUUGUUUCUUUCCGCGCUUCCAUCCUUCCACGAACAGGCACGGCGCCAUUCGACGCAGACAAGCACAAGGAUGACGAUGCUCGAUCUUGUCCAGGUGUCGAGUCAAGGAGGCACUCAAGGCAUGAUUCGGUAUUUGUGCUUUCCUUCAGAGCCGCUCGUACUCAAAACAACCGACGCCUUAAGAAACGGGACAGAGGACUGGGAAUUCCCAGGCUGGAAUUAUACAGAGAUUGUAUGGGACAAUGACCACUUCAGUGACUUCCUCGUGGUGGCACUGGACAGUGGAGAGAAGGGCACUGCCAAACUCCAUGUCCAGGAUCUCUGGAUUGAUGACGACGCUGUCUUUUGGCAUACAAACCAGUAAGCAGCCUUUUGGGCUGACCAUAAGAAAUACUCACCGGGCUGAUCUGCUGUGCUUCUCUUGCUGCAGCACAAGGGAUAUGAUUUCUACUAGUGUUCCAUCGGACAAGACGUCUGGGACCUACGAGUCAGUCAUUGUGGUGUUGACUGCAAAUGUCGAAGGAGGAGACGGGAUCCUCGCAGCGGUGCAGGAGCACUCAUAUUUCUUGACUGCUCUUUCUCACGGUCUCUGCGUUCUGUAGGUCGAAUCUGUUGAGUGUGAGGAUGGGCCGUGUGAAUUUAAGCUGCUUGUUUCUGAGCACGACGGCGCGUGCAUUCUAAGAGCAGUCGAUGGGGAGGUAUUUGGCGUGAAGGAGACUAUCGAUCUAGAGACCCUCCCGCUUUUCCCUCCUCCCCCAGCGCCGCCAGGGGGUCGUGUGCCAAGACUAUGCCCAGGCACGCGCAGGAAAUAUAUGGCUGCGUACACCCCCGAUGCUUUGUAUUUGUGAGUCUUCGUCAGGUAAUCUUUUGGGACCGUUCAGCGGCUCGUUGGAAGAGGGUGAAUCUGUGACUGUUAAUGACAUUUCCGGUCCCUUUUCUGCUCCCUAUUUCAUCAUUGCUUUGGAUUCACUCGCCGCGGGGGACAGUGACUUGUAUGUUUAUGACCCCUCUGACCCCACGUAAGAAAAGAAGAGAGUGUGAUGGAGUAGACCGAGUUAUGCAUUCAUGCAGGAUUGAGACAAACAGCACACAUGUCAGUGAUAACACCACAGAUAGAUACGAGGAUGCUAUUGUAGUCGACAUCAGUGUCUUCAAGAGAGAUUUUUCUGUUGAUGUAAGCCAUCACUUUCUUUAAGCCAGCAAGCUAGUGAAUACUACUUGACAUGCGCUAAUGCAAUACCGUGCGUGUGUGUGUGUCUGUGUUUUUUUCUUUUUUCAGGUGUUCUGCUAUACGGGGCCCUGUGAAUGGGUGCGCAUUAAAUGCAAUGCAAAAGCGAAUACCUUACUGUCUUUUCUCUCGUUGGUUCUGCAGCAACUCAUUGCUUUCCAUCAUGAUGGCAAUUGCGUAGCGACGCUGCCUUAUGAGGUGACGGUACCUAGAGUCGGUGCACAAAUCGACGUUGACGGAGAGCUCGUCGACAUUUUUCCCCCUCCCUGACGUCAAAGGGAUACACUUCUGUCACAGUUUUGUUCCUUUCGCCGCCUGCAUGUCUUAUAUUCUUGACACAAUUAGUUGUCUUGUCACAAUCUGCUGGAUUUGCUCUCUUAAUUUCGCUUGCACGCAGGACAUGCCUCUAAUGUUGCUUUCCUGCGUGCAAGUGACGUUUCGCAUGACAAGUCCAUAUCAAUACAAAUCAUGUCAGCCGAG